AUGCAGGCGGCGCGGACGGCAGCGCCUCGGACGUUCCAUGGAGACGACGAGUGGGUACGGCGACAUUUGACGUACCGAGAUGCUGAACGUGUGAAGCGGGAAGGUCCUGGCUGCAGCGCCACUGCCGUCGAGACGGUGCGCUUCGAUCGCGCCGAGUUUACGAAGCAGAUCCAGGCACUACUAGAUGCAGACGUGAGCGACGGCUUUGUGAUUGGUCUGAAACACCGCAGAGAAUUUGCACUGCGCUUGUGCGAAGACUACAAGAUGUUUACCGAGGCACAGAAGCUGGAGCUCGUGCUGGCACUAGCAGUGGAUCUUGGAGUGCGCGACCUGGCUCGAAUGAUGAAGACGUUGCCUUCGAUCAAACGGUCUGGAUUGGUGCUAAACGUGACAGCAGCGGCGCUAGGCUUUAGUCGCAAGAACGAUCCGAACAUUUCCAAAAGCGUCAAGCGCGGGCUUGUACCACUUGCUGAGCAAUUUUUCUUGUUGGUCGGUACGAUACAGCCCGGCCCGUUGUUCUUGCUGAACCUGAGGGUCGAUUUGGCCACACUGAUCGAGCGCAACCGGCAGGAACUUCCGGCAGCCAGUGUGCAGGCGCUGGAACUUUUGGAUUUGAUCAUGCGGGACUUGUUCGCCACGCAAGGCAGCAUGCGUUUUCACCGCAUUGACUUGUCGUCGGAAGACUUGGCUGCAUUCGUGCUGAAAAACGAGCGGGUGCAUCAAGUUCGGGGCUGGCAUGAUCUCCAGCGCAGACUGGUCGGACAGCAACGCUACUGCUUUGGUCUAUUUCAUAUGCAUAUGCCCCGCGCUCCGCUGGUGUUCGUGCAGGCGGCAGUGACGAACGGCUUGUGCAACAGUAUCGAUCCGAUUCUUGAGCAGGAGACUCCGGUGGUGAAGAACCCCUCGCACAUCAUUUUCUACUCAGUCUCAACGUCGAACACUGGUCUUCGGGGACUGAACAUUGCAAGCCAUUUGCUGUUCUUGACCAUCCAGCGUAUGAGCAGCAUGUUUCCGCAGUGCUCGGUGGCAGCAACGUUAUCACCCGUUCCAGGUUUCGCGCGAUGGUUCAAGGCUGCACUUGCUAAUGGCGAUCAACAGCUGGAGGCUCUGGCCGACAUCAAGAGUGCUCGGAAAACAAAGAGAUCCAAGAAUUUGAAACUACAUCGGCUGGAACCCCAUCAACGAAGCUUUUUUACGGCAGAGCAGGCGCGGCGUCUCGCGUCGGUAUAUGAUGCAGAUCAGCUGGGGCUGCACAAGUGGCUCUUACACAGGCUCAGCGAUCCCGAGUGGCACAAAGACGUUGGGCUACUGGAGAACAUUCGAGACAUUAUGACAGCUGCCUGUGCUCGCUAUGUCCUCUUCGAGCGAAAGCGGGAUAAGAUCUUGGACCCCGUAGCAAACUUUCAUCUUCAAAACGGUGCCCAGGUUGAGCAAGUCAACUUCCUGGCCGAUACGACCCCCUCGGCACUGACGUCCGCGUUGGGCAUGAUGAUCAAUUACCGCUACUGUAUGAUGUCCGUUGACGUGACGUCUGCGUCAUACAAACGUGAGUCUCUCGCUGCUGUGUCCCCUGCUGCAGCUCGGCUUUUUUGGCCGGCAGACAGCGUUAUAUUGGAUGAGCUUGAGCGCUUCAAGGACGAGCGCAACACACCACUGUUUGCCAAAGUGUUUCAAGCCGGUGAAGUGAUCAGCGCACGUGGAUCGCUGCCCACGGCAAUCUACUUCAUCGUGUCCGGCACAGUACGCGUGUAUUCUGCGCAUCCCUACACACUGUCAGAGGGUCGUACGUUUGGGGAACGCGAGUCACUGAAUGAUGAGCCUGUGGCAUUCACUGUCCGUGCCGAGACGUCGACGCAUUUGCUGUUGCUGCCAUACGACGAUGUGAAGGCGAUUCAAGUCGAGUCAAGAGCAUUGCGCGCGUACGUCGGAAAGGACCCGCGAGUAUGGCAGCAGCAAUUUCACAUGUCGUUUCGUACAAGUAAACUCUAG